AUGGCAAAUGCAGCAUCCGGGAUGGCAGUCCACGAUGACUGCAAAUUGAAAUUCUUGGAGCUUAAGGCAAAAAGAACCUAUCGCUCCAUAAUUUUCAAGAUCGAGGAGAAGCAAAAGCAAGUUGUUGUGGAGAAGCUUGGUGAUCCAAGUCAAAGCUACGAGGAUUUUGCUGGUAGCAUUCCUGCUGAUGAGUGCCGCUAUGCUGUUUAUGAUUUUGACUUUGUCACAGAGGAGAACUGUCAGAAGAGCAGGAUAUUUUUCAUUGCCUGGUCUCCUGAUACGGCGAGGGUGAGAAGCAAGAUGAUCUAUGCGAGCUCCAAAGACAGGUUCAAGAGGGAGCUCGAUGGGAUUCAGGUAGAGUUGCAGGCAACUGAUCCAACUGAGAUGGGGCUUGACGUGUUCAAGAGCCGUGCUAACUGA